ACGGGGCGUGGUCACCCGGGGGGGGGGUUUCAUCCGUGUUUGUUUUUGUUCUGGCUCUGUUCUCCAGCUCAGAUGGAGUCCUGUGAGAAGAUAAUGCAGCGGCUGACCUUCUCCAAGAGCCCGGGCUGCGAGGGUCGCCACGAGGCGGACGCGCAGCGCGCGACGGCGAGCAAGGCCGUGCAGACGGAGCCGCGUCCUCGGGAUGAGGACCAGCCGGACAGAAGCGCCGCGUCCGCUCCGAGGCCACCGGGCGCCCUUCUUCCUCCUCCUCCUCCUCCUCCACCACUACCCCCUGGAAUGAACGGGCUCCUGGUCCAGUGCCCUCCUCCUCCUCCUCCUCCUCCACCGCCGCCGCCUCCUCCACCGCUUCCCGGAGGGUUCGGCGGACCACCUCCGCCUCCCCCUCUACCCGGAAUGGCACCGCUGGGCGGCCCGGGCAUGGCGCCCCCACCUCCUCCGCCCCCCCUGCCGGGGAUGGGCGGUGGGGGGCCGCCGCCGCCGCCUCCCUUACCCGGCAUGCCACCUCCUCCUCCUCCUCCUCCUCCUGCGCCGGGCAUGAUCGGGUCUCAGAGCAGCCCGGCUCUCGGGGCCGCCACGCCGGCAAAGUCCCACCGAUGCCCCACCCUGAGGAUGAAAAAGCUCAACUGGCAGAAACUGCGCACCGUUACCGAUGGUCACUCCAUGUGGGCCUCGGUUCAGAAAGAGCCUCCUCCUCGGGAGCCGGACUACAGCAGCAUCGAGCAGCUGUUCUGUCUCCCGGUGACCGAGCACAAAGACAAGGGGGCAGCUGCUCCUGUCAAGAAGGAGUCUAAAGAGAUAACAUUCAUUGAUCCAAAGAAAAACUUGAAUUUGAACAUAUUCCUGAAGCAGUUCAAAUGCAAAAAUGAGGAGUUUGCCGCCAUGAUUCAGAGUGGCGACCGUACCAAGUUCGACGUGGAGUUGCUGAAGCAGCUCAUUAAGCUCCUGCCGGAAAAGCACGAGAUUGAAAACCUGAAGUCCUUUCAAGGCGAGAAGGACAAGCUGGCCAAUGUCGAUCGCUUCUACACCACCCUCCUCACCGUGCCAUGUUAUCAGUUGAGGAUCGACUGCAUGUUGCUGUGCGAGGAGACGUCCUCUGUGUUGGAGAUGCUCAAACCCAAAGUCAAGCUGGUGGAGGAGGCCUGCCAGUCUCUCAGGACGAGUACACUCAUGCCCAUUUUCUGCCGGCUCAUUCUUGACGUUGGGAAUUUUCUCAAUUACGGAAGUCACACGGGGAACGCCGAGGGUUUCAGGCUCAGCUCCCUGCUCAAGCUCACGGAGACCAAGGGCAACAAGAACCGCAUCACACUCCUUCACCACCUCCUGGAGGAGGCCGAGGUGAACCACCCGCAGCUGUUGUCGCUGCCCGACGAAAUAGAGAUCUGUGAAAAAGCAGCAGGCGUCAACGUGGACUCUAUUCAGGCAGAAGCCGGUGCCUUACUGAAACGCCUGAACGAGGCGGUCAAGAAGGUCUCCGACUCCGACCAGGAAGUGAAGGAGCAAUAUGAGAAAGUUCUCCAGGAGAGUCUGGAGGCCUUUCGGGUUCUAAGUGAGAGGCUCGCUGCCGUGGAGAUGCAGAAGGGUGAGCUGGCCGUCUACUUGUGUGAAGAUGCCAAUCAGCUGUCACUCGAGGAGCUCUUCGGAACCAUCAGGACUUUCCGAGGUCUUUUCAUCAAGGCACAGAAGGAAAACAAAACCAGAAAAGAGCUUGCUGCCAAGGCUGAGAAGCGGAAGAGGCAGCUGGCAGAGGAGGAGUCCAAGAGACAGAAGGGAGAGAAUGGAAAAAUCAUCAAGAAGGGCUUUGUGCCGCAGAACGACGACUGUAUCAUCGACCACCUGUUGGCGGAUAUCAGGAAAGGUUUCAGCCUCAGGAAGACCAGGCCAAGGUGCGAUUCGGAAAGCCUCCCUUCUAGUGAAAAGCGUAGGGAUACCUGCCCGUCUGGAUCAAGUGCGAAGCCUGUAGACGAAAAAUCCGCAGAAGUGGCCGCCGCGUUGUCCUCUCCCAGCAAAUCUCAGCCAGAGGGUCGCCAGGCCAGCGCCGGAGAACUGAACGGCACCAUCAGCCCGUCAGAAGAGACUCCCCCGAGUGCGACGCAAUGCGUUCCUGCUGCACGCCCCAUGGCUCUCCCCAGAGAACCCGCCACGGCGGCGCAGGAACCCCCAAAGGAGCCGCGGGAGGGGCAGCCGCCGCCGCCGCCGCCGCCGCCAGCUUCUCCACCUCAACCUCAACCUCCUCCUCCUCCGCCACCACCACCUCCUCACCCCUGCCUCCCUACAAAUGGAUAUUCGUGGGAUUCAACUGAGACGAGCGCCCUCGGCCCGUCUCGCCGCUCGGACUCCAGCGGCCCGGAGGACGCUUUAGACGGCGCCUGCAGCCUGGCGUCCGAGACGCUGACGCCCGAGGAGUCGGCGGACUUUGGGGUCAGUGUCCGGGUGACGGAGAGCCCUCUGAGCGGUGCGGGGGACGGGAAGGGGAGCGGCGGGGGCGGCGACGGGGGCGAGAGCCAUUUAGCGGAGGCCGGCGAGGGCGAGACGGGCCGAGGCGAGCGGAGGUGCGUUGCCGCCGCCGCCGCCGCCAAGUCGUCCGCGAGCACGCCCGACGAGGGCAUCGAGGGGUGCGACGGCCCCGACGCGCUGGAAUCUGAGGUUUUGCCAUCGGUGUCCGACGCGGAGCCUCAGCCCCUUAAUCCCAAACCAAAGAGACAGAGGAGCAUCUUCAAAGGGAGCAAAAAGAAGAGUAACCAAGGUAACAGUGGGAAAGGACUCACUAAACAUAAAACGAGCUGUGUGUUGCAAUGAGGUGACGCCAGAAAAAGGAAUUUGAGAGGAAAAAGAAAAUGUUGAUUUCACUCCGGGGUUGUGAAAUGGAAGUCUACAGUUUUAUGUAAAAUAUGAACAUUGACUCCUUCAAGGAUGCAGAAGGCUUUCUUUUGCACUAAUUUGUUCAAGAAGAGUAAACUCAUCGAAGGCUGUAUGGAUGUCAAAAUGUCACUUUAUGUAAAUUAAUUGUUUGUUUUGUACAGGAGUGGUUUGAAUUCCGACUUUAAAUAUAUGCUUUGUAUGUUUUGUAUAGCUCUUAUAUGCAGUGAACGUGUUUUUGCUAUGCUGCGUUUCCCUUUCAGCGCCAACGGAAAGAAGAGGCGGUGUCCUUUUUUUUUUUGCAUGAUAUCUAAUUAACUAAAACCAAACUGAUGUUUAUUUCUACACACAUAAUCCAGAUAAUCUUAAACAAGGAAAAGUAAUAAGGAAAAAAAAAAAACAUAAAAUGGAUUGUAACCUUUUUAAUGUUAAACAUUUUAAAUAAAGUGGCUCUAGUGUU